AUGAUCCUGACAUUCUCAAUGGUUACACCACCCACAACCCUUAUUGCUUUUACUUUAGGUACUAAGCGAGAACCGCUCUUCGUAGAUCGAAAAAACGGAGUGAUAUUUCGCCAAUAUGAGUCCGAGGCCGACCUUAACUUUAUUGUGCCGCUCAUUACCAAAGACCUGUCAGAACCCUAUUCUCUGUAUACUUACAGGUACUUUAUUUACAAUUGGCCGAAACUAUGCGUCUUGGCCACAACAGAGGACGGAACUUGUAUUGGGGCCAUCGUGUGCAAAUUGGACUAUCACGAGCAGGUGAAGCGCGGGUACAUCGCUAUGCUUGCAGUUGAAAAGAGCCACCGUAAAAAGGGUAUCGGGUCCAUGCUAGUCCAACUCGCCAUCGAUCUCAUAAUCAAGGAUGGAGGUCAGGAGGUUGUCCUUGAAGCCGAAGUCAGCAACAAACCGGCUCUCGCUCUGUACGAGCAACUCGGGUUCUUCCGGGAUAAAUACCUCUUCCGCUACUACCUCACCGGCACAGACGCCUACCGUCUCAAGCUGUGGCUGGACACACAGAAGCCAGAAUAA